CUCCCCGGAAGCCCAGUUGAAAGGCAAUUCCUUCUUUCUCCCACUCCCCCCCCCGCCCUUCUCUUCUUCCUCGCUCUCUCCUCCCCCCUACGUCUAGGAAUGGGCCUCCAGACACGUCACCCAAUGGCGCCAGGCCUUGAUUCCAGACCGAGCGUGGACGACUUUCGGGAAGACAGUCCCUGGGUGCAGCUGGCCAAGUCCCACUGGCUGCAGGGCUCCAAGUCCCGCAAAGUCAAGCAGGAUGUCAUCAAAAAAGAGAUCUGGGAUCCCCUUGAAGCUGAGAACUUUGGCUUUCGGUCGCUUCUCACCCUAGAGAAUCUGAACAUUUUGGAGAAGUAUCUCUGGCCGACCUACACGGGAGAUGCGUCGAAUUAUCAUGUUUUGCUGCUCGUCUUGAUUGUGAGUAUCAAGCAGCGCGAACACUUACCGAUAUGGGAGGUCUUCUCUGAUCGCCCGGACGAUUUCUCAAACCUCUUCCAUCGAAUUCUGUCCAUGAGCAUUGACCCCUCCCUCGACGCGUUCCCCAGACUAUCAAUCGUCUCCUUCAUCAUCAGUGCUUUCCAAUCCGUCGAAAAUACCUUGAUCCGCAAAGAAUGCGCACCGCUCGUUUCCAUCUCCAUCUGGCACAACCUGUCCAGCGAAGCAGCAAGAGAUUCCUUAUUAGCCAAGAGCCCGGGGUUGAAAAAGGCAUGGCGAGCGGCAGGGAAACGGUACGAUGCAGGAGACGAAGCCGCUAAGGCGAAGAUCCGCUUCGAGAGGUCGUGGUUGUAUACGAUGCUGUUGGAUUUCCUUCGCAGGCUGAACGGUGCCGACAAAGACCAGGCGCAGAAUCUGAGAUAUUGUGAGCGGUUUUUGGAGUUCCUCAUUGAUCUCGAGAGCCAACCUCCCACCCGGCGCUACGUGAACACACUUCUGAAGGAUCUUAAUCUGCUAGCGGUGAUCCGCCUCUCGCAGCUUUACCGCUCACCUGAAAAUGCGCUCUUCCGCGACCUGAGUGGACUCCUGAAGCACUUCGCAUUGUUUGCCAUUGACGACUUCACUGGAGAAGCUUUGUCGCCUCAGUCGGUUUAUGACGUUCACUGCCAGGAGUUGGCACGUUUACAGAGGACCUCUAUGAAAUACUUCAAGGACAAGCUCAUGAUUUUGGCUCUAUCUAACUAUGGUUCUAUCGAGCAGCGCUCUGAACUAGAAGGUCAAUUAGCCUCUUUGGAGGAGGGUGAGCUGCAGCAGCUCUGCAGCUAUCUCGGUUUCCGGACCGUGUACCCUAAACAGUCGCAAGUCAUUCCUGACCGCCAACUGUAUAUGGAGAUCCUCCUUUCAUUUCACGAACGGAAGCCGACAUUUCAAGAAGCUGCAUCGCAGCUCAGCAUUGUUCCCACGGAGGUAGAUCUUUACGAUCCUGCAUUACUGCGCAAUGAAAACUAUGACGGAUCCACGCCGCUUGCUAUCCCUAAAUUGAAUCUACAAUACCUGAGCACUGGUGAUUUUCUGUGGCGUUCGUUCCUCCUAUACCGCUCCGAGGCUUUCUUCCAAAUCCGAAAAGAUAUGGAAUCAGUCAUCAAGCGGAUGCAGCCCCGCGCCAGUCGCGACGGUAAGACUUUGACCUUUGAUGGUUUCUCUAGGAUGGCUAUACCGAUUACGAAACCCGCCAUUAUCGAAGUCGCUCCUCCCAAGGUCGGCUCCUCAACGCCUGCUUUUGUUCGCGCUGAAAUUGCUAUCGAGGUGGGCAGAUUGGCAGACCACAUCCGCAGGGAAUGGGAUUCACUGCGUCCGGAUGAUGUUAUUUUCCUUCUAGCUGUGCAGUCAGAAGGUGCUGCGAAGUCAGGAGUGCGCGAGCCUGAGACUCCCGGCCUGACACACCUCCGAACUGCGGAGAUAGUUCAGGUCUUGGAUGAAAAUGGUCGGCCUCUGCGGGAUUUCUCUUCCGGUCAAUCGAACGGCUACAAACACAAACCUCGUGUUCGGAAGUUAUUGGUCAACCUGGAUCCUAGCGCUUUCAAGGCAGACAAGGAUGCACUUGCGCGAGGAAAGCCAGAUAUUUACACAUCGAUCAAUGUUGUCGCCAGGAGAAAGGGAAGAGAGAAUAACUUCAAGUCCAUCCUCAAUACCAUGCAGAGGUUGAUCGUCUCCGAUAUUGCUCUGCCCUCCUGGAUUCAGGAUAUCUUCUUGGGUUACGGAGAUCCGGCGGGAGCUCGAUAUACCGAACUAGCCAACCGACUGAAGUCUGUCGAUUUCCGAGACACAUUCUUGGACUGGCAACACUUGAUUGAAAGCUUCCCCGGUAGAACCAUCGAGCCCUCGACGACCGAAACUUCCAGUUUUGGCCCUCCAUAUGUAUUGGAAUAUGUUGAAGAACCUUCUCAGGCGCCGUCAGCGGGCACAAAGCGGCGGCGCAAAGAUCAACCUGAGAAGGCAUCGGGUCCCAAGUCACUUCGCGUUUCGACUUACAAACCGCCACACCCGGGUCCCUACCCGAUUGAUGCCCCCAAGCUCAACACAGUGCGCUUCACUCCGGCGCAAGUUGAGGCCAUCACGUCAGGCACGCAGCCGGGUUUGACUGUUAUUGUCGGCCCUCCUGGCACUGGUAAGACUGAUGUUGCCACGCAGAUCAUCAACAAUAUCUAUCACGACUUUCCCAACGAGCGCACACUUUUGAUCGCGCAUAGUAACCAAGCGCUGAACCAGCUUUUCCAGAAGAUUGUAGCCCUUGAUAUUGACGAACGCCAUCUCCUCCGUCUCGGCCAUGGUGAGGAGGAACUAGAAACUGACUCCAGCUACAGCAAGUACGGCCGGGUAGAGUCGUUCCUUGAAAACCGCAAUUACUUCCUCAGUGAGGUCACCCGACUAGCAGCAUCAAUUGGAGCUCAAGGUGCCCAUGGAAAUUCCUGCGAAACUGCCGGGUACUUCAAUACCGUCUACAUCCAGCCCGCCUGGGCCAAAUUCUGGGACCAGGCGCGUGCGGAAAAUGUUUCCAGCGAGGAACUCGUCGCUGUUUUCCCUUUCCAUGCCUAUUUCUCCAACGCCCCGCAACCCGUCUUCGAACCUACCGCGCCGAAAGAGACCGUGCUCGAUGUGGCGAAGGGCUGCCAGCGGCACAUCGAUAAGAUCUUCGCUGAGCUUGAAGACAUCAGGCCGUUUGAGAUUCUGCGUCAGCAGAAGGACAAGGCCAACUAUCUCCUUGUGAAAGAAGCACGCAUCAUAGCCAUGACAUCGACGCAUGCAGCCAUGCGCCGCCAGGAGAUUGCUGAUCUAGGGUUCCACUAUGACAACGUCAUCAUGGAAGAAGCCGCACAAAUUACGGAAAUUGAGUGCUUCAUCCCCACUGCUCUGCAGAACAUGAAGAACGGAGAGCUUCCUCUCAAACGUGUAGUCCUCUGUGGUGAUCAUUUGCAGAACUCACCCAUUAUUCAAAACAUGGCCUUCAGACAGUACGCGCAUUUCGAACAGAGUUUAUUCCUGCGGCUGGUAAGACUGGGGGUUCCUGUUAUCACGCUUGAUCAGCAGGGUCGUGCCAGACCAAGUAUCGCGGAGCUUUUCCAAUGGCGCUAUAAACAGCUUGGCAACCUACCUACUGUUGAGACCGUUGAGGAAUACAAGCGGGCAAAUGCUGGCUUUCAAUUUGACUACCAGUUCAUCAACGUGCCUGAUUAUCAAGGCAACGGGGAGCGAGAGCCUACGCCCCAUUUCAUCCAGAACCUGGGCGAGGCCGAAUACGCCGUCGCCAUUUACCAAUACAUGCGUCUUCUCGGAUAUCCUGCUUCUAAGAUCUCGAUCCUUGCAACAUAUGCCGGUCAAACGGCUUUGAUCAAGGAUGUCUUGAACCACCGCUGUGCCAAGAAUGGGUUGUUCGGCAUGCCUAAGAUCGUCACAACUGUUGACAAGUACCAGGGUGAACAAAAUGACUACGUACUUCUUUCUCUCACGCGGACGCGUACCGUCGGUUACCUUCGCGACGUUCGUCGUCUAACCGUUGCGCUCUCGCGCGCACGGUUGGGACUUUACAUUCUCGGUCGUCGCGAAGUUUUUGAAUCGUGCUACGAACUCAAACCGGCUUUCGACCUUUUGUUCCAGCGUCCGGACAAGCUCAUGCUCGCCCCGGGGGAGAUGUUCCCCUCUACCCGCCUGCAACAGGACGAGACCGAAGGCACCCCUAUGGAGAGCGUCGAGCAUCUAGGACAAUACGUGUUCGAGAUGACACAGGCUAAGCUCAAGGCCAUGGGCGAGGAGAACAUUGCCGUUGGCAAUGACGUGCAGGUGGCCGACGAGGAUCAGGUCAUAGAUGAAGACGAGGUCAUGAUGGGCACCGGCGAGGACAUGGAUGAUGAUCCUCUGCAUGAGCAUACCCUCACCGGCAUUUGAGAUGAAGCUUGGCCGACAAAAUCUUCCCUUAUCACAAUUCACCUCCGCUCCACAACCCCAUCAUCAUCCACGCCUCUUAUGUAUGCACUUCUCAUAACUACUACCCUGGUCUGUGUUUUGGAAAAGCGAAAUUUAUGAACAUGUGAAAAGACUGAGCGCUUCAGUGGAAAGUCAACAGUC